ACGUGUCAUAAAAUACCACGAUGCAAUUUUAUUUUAAAAGGAAUAUUAAACCCAUAUAUUUUGUUAUCGCGCGCAAUUCUAUUGAUUUUACAGGAAGACUGCUACAUCAAUCGCGAUGCAAUUCUACCGGAAACUAAUUCGUAACGGCAAUUGGAAAGUAAAAGUGAUAAGAUUGGAUAUGGCGUGCAUUGUUUGCGUGCGGCAGCGAUGGCGGUGAACAAUCUAAAUCCUACAUUCGACAGUUAUGAAACUGAAACACUGACAUGCCCGAAAAUCGUCAAAAUUACUAAAUUCCAAAUGGGGUGGGGUUUGACAAGGACGCAUUGCCAGUGCAACGACAGCUAUGGUGCAUCGACACAAGUGCAAAAAUGCGCUCCAUCAAAGCAAGUCCUGCCGGCAUGUCCUCCCAUCAUAACGGCUGCGGUGAAGUCCACUUGUAGAGCAAGACGGAUGCUCGUUUCUGUCAUCAUCCUGAUCUUUUUGUUGGCUGCUAUAUAUUGGAUAUCCUUGCGCCAGCAAGCGAACCCCGGUAUACGUCGACCAAUGAGAAUUCAACCUCAAGCUUCACGAAAUACCGCAUCGGAGCAAACCGAGGCUAUGGAAAUGUCUGAAAGAUGAGGUAAAAUAACUAAUAAUUCUAAAGCCUUCGAAAAAAACGUGCAGGAUAAUUCUGUAAAGAUGGAAAUUUAUAACGAGAAAAAUGCUUACACCUUGCAAUCUUUCAACAUGUAAUUUUUUCGGCUCGGAAUAUCUAUAUAUUAAGAAAAAGAUAAAAAUAAAUACUUUAUAAGUUUAGCCAUAAUUAUAACCUGAGAUACUCUUUAAAUGACAAUACCAACAUGUAACUAUUAUAAAAUUCAUCUUGGAAUUAUCCUGACAGAGGUUUCAAGGAAUGAAUAAAAAAUGUAAAUAAAUAGAAUAGUAUUAAUAAAUAGCAAAUAAAUUUGAAAAUAUCUAACUAGAUAAUCAGCACUGAAGGAACAAAGAAAAAGUAAUCCAAAGUAACAAUAUGGAAUAUACUUGCAUUUCCAAGCAGCCAUACUGCAUUUCAUCGCUGAGCACUGGUACUAUAUCGUAGUAACAGCUGUGAUACAAUAUGCCGCAGAAAAAACAACCAAUCCUGCAAGUCUAAUAAGCGAUCUAAAAGAAUACUAAAACGAAAAAAGCAAUAAUAAAACUUUCAUAACGUCGUGUAUAUUACAACAUCAAUUUAUCGCUCUUAAUGCUAAUAACAACUCUUACGAAGUGAUUAGUUUUUAUUUCUUGGAAAUCGUAAGAAUCAAACAGUAAUUCCAUAACGUUAAAUUUAUUUUUCUAUAAAUUUUACAUGAAGUACCGUGAUAUUCUACUCUCUGUUAUAUUGUUGAUCACAUUACUUGUAAAUUAAAAGUACAACACUAAAAAUAGACUUGUAAACUUAAAUCUAUCAUAUUCACUUUAAUGUAUGCCAAUGUAUUCUACUCGUGUAUGCCGCUAUCACGAAUACACAUGAUAAAGUCGUGAUAAGAUUUAAUA